AUGAGUCGAACUGCGAAGACCUUUAUCGACAAAGUCAUUCGCUGCGAGAUUUCCACUCAAGCAGAUAUCAUCACAGAGGAACUCGCUGCAAUCAGGAACCGUUUUAUUAACGAAGAUCGUUCCAACUUCGUUGAAGACAUCAUUAAACUUAUGUUUUUGACCGUUCGUGGUUACAACACCGCUUUCUGUCAAGUUCAGCUUAUGUCACUAUUUUCUAAUCCGCAUUUCAGCUUCAAGCGUAUUGCUUAUUUAGCCGCUUCUAUCAUCAUUGAUGAAGGUGGUGAAUUAGCAGUUAUGCUUACACAAGAAGUUCAGAAAGAUCUUAAAAGUAACGACCGUCAUAUUGUUUUAAUUGCAUUACAAUACAUUGCAAACGCCGGCGAAACAACACUUUGCCAAACAGUUAGUGGUGAUAUCCUGAAUCUUCUUGAUUCACAAGAUCCACUCAUUCUCAAGGCCGCUAUCAUGGCAGCAGUCCAUACUAUCCGAUUAUUACCCGACACAGCAGAAUCAUUCAAACCAUUUGUUGGCAAACUUGUUCUUCACCAAGAGCACGGCAUUUCCAUUGCAGGCAUCAACUUGGCUAUGGCAAUCUACCACAAAGACCCAAGUUCUAAAGAGAAGUGGGUUCAACUUGUUCCACAGAUUGUUAAGAACCUUCGUGGCCUUGUUUCACAACUUUCAUCGAGCGAAUACAUUCACGUUGGCAUCAACGAUCCCUUCUUAAAGAUCAAGUUACUUGACUUCCUAGGCAUCAUCGGCGAAAAGUCCGGUGAAGUUGAUGAGCUUCUCACCAAAUACAUCACGUCAUUAUCUACAGGCAAUCAGAAGGGCAUUUCAAUCCUUCAGUCCGCGAUCGACGCCGCAUCUAACUGCGCUCAGAAGGAUACAUUGCGUGCACUUGGCAUCAACGAAAUCGGCAAGAAAUUAUCAACGAACUCCAAUUCUACUAUCUACAGUGCUUUAUCAUGUCUUUCAAGACUUCUUUUCCGUAACAAGAUCUUCAAUCGCGAGAGUGCUGAUGCUGUCGCCAUUCAACGUUACCAAGAAUCCAUCAUUCUUCUUCUUGACAAUCCAGACAAUUCAAUCCGUCGUCGUGCUCUGGACGUCAUCUGCGCUCUUGUCAACCACGACAACGCGGCGGAAAUCAUCCCUAAGAUGUCGGGAUACCUUAAAUCUGUCGAUCUUGACUUCCGUCUUGAGAUGGUUCCAAAAGUUCUUUCUGCGAUCCAAGAAUUCGCACCAAACGUCAUGUGGAACUUCGACCAGCAACUUGAUCUUCUUCUUAAGUCCGGCAGCGUCUUCCCAACAUCAUCAUUAUCUACAUUCACAAACCUCGUCCUUGCUAACCAAGAAAUCCAACCACACGCUAUCAGUGUUUUAUCCAAUGCAUUGAUCGCAUACCCAGAGAACCAAACACUUAUCCAAGCAGCAUCAUUUGUUAUUGGAGAAUUACAAAACGACUCUAGCAUGAACGACAUCCAGACUCUUUACACUCUUACUAAAGUCCAUCACUCUAACGAAGAAACACUUGGUUACAUUCUCAUUGCACUUGCCAAAUUAGGUGUUCGUUUGAAUGAACGUCAACGUGUUUGCCAGAUCCUUGACGAAGUUAUUCACUCUAACUCAGUUGAUACUCAGCAGCGAUGUGGUGAACUUUCACGUAUUCUUCGUCGUCAAGAUUUAACACCAUUAUUAGAUCCUCUUCCAGUUGAAUCUCCAGAAUCUACAGAACAGUCAGCAUCAUCAGCACAAACGACAUCACCAAACACAUCACUUAACGGCAUCGAUCUUCUUCUCAACACAUCUCCUUCAUCUCCAUCACCAUCUCCAUCACAGGAAGGAACAGCCAAAUCUCCAGCUGCACAAAAAGUCGAAGUUAAGCAAGAUAGUAUUACACCACCUAAGAAUUCCGUUGAAGCUGCUCGUACACAAGAUUACGUUGUCUACUUCGAGAUUGCACCAGUGAAAGGUCUUCCACGUCUCAUGGUUCGUUCUACUACAUUCGGUCUUGGUUCUAAAGCACUUCACAACUUCAAGAUGCAGUUUGGCGUUCCCGCCGGCUGGAGCGUCGCCACACAGAACCCAUCUAGUGACGUUCUUGAUCCAAUUGGUGGUAAACCUAUUGUUCAACUUGUCUGCUUGGAGAUGCGUACUAAAGUUAAGUUAGUUGUUAAAGGUUUAGUUCAGUACCUUUAUGGUUCACAGCCACUUCAAGACACAAUCACAUUCAACAAUAUUUUCGAAAAGUUCGGUGUUUGA